AUGCGCUUCUCGUCGACGUUGAUUGCUGCUGCAGCUUUGCUGUCAAGCGCCGAAGCGGCGUACAAAGGCUUCAACUACGGUGCCUUCUUCGGAAACAACCAGGCCAAGGUCUACAAUGACUUCCGGUACGAGUUCGAGGCGGCCAAGGCUCUUCCCGGCACAAACGGCCAGUUCACCAGCGCCCGGUUGUACACCAUGAUCCAGCACGGCACCACUAAGGAUGUAAUCACGGCAAUACAGGCUGCUAUCGACACCAACACUCAACUCCUUCUCGGAAUUUGGACGUCGGCUGGUCAGACUAUCGUUGACAACGAGAUUUCCGCGCUCAAGACCGCCAUCACCAAAUUCGGUACUAAGUUUACCAACUUGGUUGUGGGCAUCUCCGUUGGCAGCGAAGAUCUGUACCGUAUUACGCCUACAGCGAUCGCGAACGGCGAGAAGAAUCCCGGUGUCCAACCUGCACAGUUGGUCAAGUACAUCAACCAGGUCCGCACCGCGAUUAAGGGCACCGGUCUGGCUAGCAAGCCUAUUGGACACGUUGAUACAUGGACUGCUUACGUUAACGCCAGUAACAGCGCCGUUGUCAGUGCUCUUGACUUCCUCGGAGUCGAUGCCUACCCUUACUGGGAGACUCAGCACGCAAACAGCAUUGGUAAUGCCAACGCGACCUUCUACGACGCUUAUAAGCAAACCGUCAAAGCCGGCAAGGGCAAGCCGGUGUGGGUCACUGAGACUGGGUGGCCGGUCUCUGGUCCUAAGCAAAACCAGGCUGUUGCCAGCAAGGCUAACGCUCGCAUCUACUGGGAGGACGUUUCCUGCUCUUUGAUCAAGGGCAAUGUGAACCUCUUCUACUACACCCUCCAGGAUAUCCAGUACACCACUCCCAGCCCCAGCUUUGGCAUCAAGCCGGGAGGCGACCUCAAGGCAGUCAGCCCCAACUUCGACCUGUCCUGCCCUAAAGUAAGCUACACGGCCCCUUUCCUUCUGUCCUCCCUCUUAUCUCCCCUGUUACUGCUUCUCAUGUACAAUCUGUUCAUUGUCUCAUGGGUUGUCCACGCGAUGCUCUCUGCACUUUCGACUGAGGAACCUUUAUUGGCAUUACCAUCACAUAGUCCACAGCCUGUUGCACCCUCCAAUUGGAUUGCACGGGCUAACGGUAUGUGA